UUUUUAUGGUAUCUGUGUCUUGACGUGGCGCCACCGCCAUAUUGUUUUGCUUGCUUGUCAGCAGGCGGGACCCAAGGCAGCACACCGCUAGCUCUUUAACACUCUUUAACAUUUUAACACGUUGGCAGUUUAAUUUAACUCUAACACUCAGACGGGCGACACAUUCAGUCAACAAGCAGCGGGCGCGUUGCCAUGGCAACCUUCACAGAGUACAUUGCUCAGAAUGAGGACCGCGAUGGCGUGCGCUUCAGUUGGAACGUGUGGCCAUCCAGCCGCCUGGAGGCGACCCGCAUGGUGGUUCCGGUGGCGGCCCUCUUCACGCCCCUCAAGGAGCGACCCGAUCUGCCGCCCAUCCAGUAUGAACCGCUUCUGUGCAGCCGGGCCACCUGCCGAGCAGUACUCAAUCCGCUUUGUCAGGUGGACUACCACACCAAAAUUUGGGCAUGUAACUUCUGCUACCAGAGGAACCAGUUCCCGCCAGCCUACUCCGGAAUCUCGGAAGUGAACCAACCGGCUGAGCUGCUGCCUCAGUUCUCCACCAUCGAGUACGUGGUCCAGCGCGGCCCACAGAUGCCGCUGGUCUUCCUCUACGUGGUGGACACGUGCAUGGAGGACGAGGACCUCCAGGCUUUGAAGGAGUCCCUGCAGAUGUCCUUGUCCCUUCUGCCACCCACGGCGCUUGUGGGCCUGAUCACCUUCGGGCGCAUCGUUCAUGUGCACGAGCUGGGCUGUGAAGGCAUCUCCAAGAGCUACGUCUUCAAAGGAACCAAAGACCUGAGUGCCAAACAGCUGCAGGAGAUGCUGGGUCUGAGCAAACCGGUGGCUUCUCAGGGACGAGGACCUCAAGCUGCCCAGCAGCCGCAGUCCAACAGAUUUUUGCAACCCAUCCAAAAAGUGGACAUGAACCUGACCGACCUCUUGGGGGAGCUGCAACGCGACUCUUGGCCCGUCACCCAGGGAAAGAGGCCGCUGCGCUCGCUCGGCGUCGCCAUGUCCAUCGCCGUGGGCUUGCUGGAGUGCGCCUUCCCCAACACGGGUGCUCGCAUCAUGACCUUCAUCGGCGGUCCAGCGACGCAGGGGCCUGGCAUGGUGGUGGGGGAUGAGCUGAAGACCCCCAUCAGGUCUUGGCAUGACAUUGAAAAAGACAACGCCAAGUUCAUGAAGAAAGCCUCUAAGCAUUACGAGUCGCUGGCUAGCAGGGCGUCCGCUAGCGGUCACGUAAUGGACAUCUACGCAUGUGCCCUCGACCAAACUGGACUUCUGGAGAUGAAGUGCUGCACGAACAACACGGGAGGCUACAUGGUAAUGGCCGACUCCUUCAACACAUCCUUGUUCAAACAAACCUUCCAAAGAGUUUUCACCAAAGACAUUCAGGGUUGCUUCAAGAUGGCGUUUGCCGCCACACUGGAGGUCAAGACGUCCAGAGAGAUCAAAGUGUCCGGCGCCAUCGGACCCUGCGUGUCUCUGCACGCUAAAGGACCCUGCGUGUCAGAAAAUGAGAUCGGGACCGGUGGAACCUGUCAGUGGAAGAUGUGCGCGUUGGACCCCGGCACCACCCUGGCGCUGUACUUUGAGGUGGUCAAUCAGCACAACGCUCCCAUCCCUCAAGGAGGUCGCGGAGCUCUGCAGUUCGUCACUCAGUACCAACACUCGUCAGGACAGAGACGCAUCCGAGUGUCCACCAUCGCCAGGAACUGGGCGGACGCUCAGACUCAGAUCCAGAGCAUCGCCGCAUCCUUCGAUCAAGAGGCGGCGGCCAUCUUGAUGGCCAGGUUGGCCGUGUACCGUGCCGAGACGGAGGAGGGGCCAGACGUCCUGAGAUGGUUGGACAGACAACUGAUCAGACUGUGUCAGAAGUUUGGAGAUUACCACAAAGACGACCCCAACUCAUUCAGGUUCUCCGAGACGUUCUCCUUGUAUCCGCAGUUCAUGUUCCACCUGAGGCGCUCGCCCUUCCUGCAGGUGUUUAACAACAGUCCGGACGAGAGCUCCUACUACCGACACCAGUUCAACCGCCAGGACCUGACGCAGGCGCUCAUCAUGGUGCAACCCGUGCUCUACGCGUACUCCUUCAACGGACCGCCAGAGCCGGUGUUGCUGGACAGCAGCAGCAUCCUUCCGGAUCGCAUCCUGCUCAUGGACACCUUCUUCCAGAUCCUCAUCUACCACGGAGAGACGGUGUCCCAGUGGAGGAAGGCCGGUUACCAGGAGAUGCCCGAGUACGAGAACUUCAGGAACCUUCUCCAGGCUCCCGUGGACGACGCCCAGGAACUGCUGCACGCCCGCUUCCCCAUGCCGAGAUACAUCGACACGGAACAUGGCGGCAGUCAGGCCCGCUUCCUGUUGUCCAAAGUGAAUCCUUCGCAGACGCACAACAACAUGUACGGUUGGGGGCAGGAGUCGGGCGCUCCCAUCCUGACAGAUGACGUCAGCCUGCAGGUCUUCAUGGACCACCUGAAGAAGCUAGCCGUAUCCAGCGCCGCCUGACGGGUCACGUGAUCGCUUGAAGCAUCGCCGGCCAUCACGUUGCUGAUUGCGGCCAUCUUGUUUCUGUGCUUUGUUCCAAUAAAGUUUUUCUAGGAGUCGAGGCCUAUAUAUAUAUAUAUAUAUAUAUAUGUAUGUGUUAC